CAAUCUGGCAGAAAUCUCUGAGCCAGAUUAGCCUCAGAUCAGGACAUAUUCCAAUGGAUCCAGGAAUCCUGUUGAAAUUAAAGGAGGAGGUGACCUGCCCCAUCUGCCUGGAGCUCCUGACAGAACCCCUGAGCCUGUGCUGUGGGCACACAUUCUGCCAAGCCUGCAUCACUGCAAACUACAAGAAGUCCAUGGUCAGCAAAGUAAGGCAGAGCAGCUGCCCUGUGUGCCGAAUCACCUACCAGUCUGGGAACCUGCGGCCUAAUCGGCAUGUGGCCAACGUAGUGGAGACGCUCAGGGAGGUCAAGUUGAGCCCAGAGGAGGAGCAAAAGACAGAUCUCUGUGAGCGCCAUGGAGAGAAACUCCUGCUCUUCUGUAAGGAGGAUGGGAAGUUCAUUUGCUGGCUUUGUGAGAGGUCACAAGAGCACCGUGGUCAUCAUACAUUCCUCAUGGAAGAAGUUGCCCAGGAGUACAAGGAAAAGCUUCAGGCAUCUCUGGACAGGCUGAGGGCUGAACAGCAGGAAGCUGAGAAGUUGGAAACUGACAUCAAAAAAGAGGGAACUUCCUGGAAGCAUCUAAUACAAAAUGAGAGACAAAUUGUCCAGGAUUGCUUUAAAAACCUGAGAGGCAUCCUGGAUUCUGAGGAGCAGAAGGAGCUGCAAAAGCUGGCGAAGGAGGAGGGAGAUAUUCUCCAUGACCUGGAACAAUCUGAGAGUGAGCUGGUCCAGCAGAGCCUGGUGUUGAGGGAUCUCAUGUCAGAGCUGGAACAUCGGUUGCAGGGGUCAAUGGUGAAGAUGCUGCAGGAUGUGAAUGGCAUCAUGGAAAGGAGUAAGGUCUUCACUCUGAAGAAGCCAAAAACUGUCUCCAAGAAACAAAGGAGAGUGUUCCAAGUUCCUGACCUGAAUGGGAUGCUACAAGUGUUUGAUGAACUGACUGAUGUGCGCCACUAUUGGGUUGACAUUACCCUGUACCCUCCCGAGGACAAACAAAAUGUUGCCAUUUCUUCAGAUCGGAGACAAGUGAGAUAUGAGCACCGUCUUCACGGAAAUAAGAAGGCUUCUGCUGUACUGGGUUCACUGGCUAUCACAUCAGGGAAACAUUACUGGGAGGUAGACGUGUCAGAGAAACGGUCCUGGUACAUGGGGGUAUGUGGUUUUAAAAAAGACUCUGAUACUUCUAGUGAUCGACAUAAAGAGUCCCUCUGGGUUAUAGGAUUAGAGGAUCACUAUUAUGCUUUGGGGGAAUUUUCCUCCUCUGAUUCCUUCAACGUAGAGCUCAUUCUGACUGUUCCUCCCCAUCGUGUUGGCAUUUUCCUGGACUAUGAUGCUCACACAGUCUCAUUUUAUAACAUCACAAACCAUGGGUUUCUCAUCUAUAAAUUCUCUUCAUGUUCCUUUUCUCAGAAAGUGUAUCCAUAUUUCUGCCCCAUGACAUGUACUGGCCCCAUGACACUGUGUUCUCCAAGCUCUUAAAUCUCACACCCUCACUUCUUUGUCGCGCGUCAGGCCUUGGGUGAUCCUAAUGCACUGACUUCGUGUACACUAUUCUCACCAACUUUUUAUGGCUGUCUCCCUUUUUUUUCCAUUUCAAUAUCCUUCAUUCAAAAACAUGGUUUACAAUUUGUCUUGCGUUAUGCAUAUUUUUCCCACUGUCCUGUUUGCAUAGUAAAGAAUCUUAAUUCACUAUUUUCUAUAAUCCCACAUAAAAUGACAUGCAUCAUAAAAAAGUCCUAUAUGGAGAAACAUCAAUGUCAAAUUGUUACAGUUUCAUUUUCUGUGCCACUGAGAGGGACAGGUUUUCAACAACUUCUUUUACAUAUUCUUUGAAGUCUUGUAUAGGAAUCAUUCACUACAAAUGAGUCUUCAGGGAUGCGUCAAUUCAGUCAUGAUGUUCUUUCUUCAUCAAGGACUGAAGAAGACAGUAUCAUAAAUAAUAGGUACUAAGUGGAAGGUUUGUGUUCAGGCAUCUGACUUCAAGCCCAUUCUCUCAAAAUACAUACAGUGUAACUUUCAAUAAGGUAAUUGAAUGCUGGCUUUGUUUACUAAAAAUUGUCUUGGUACUAAAAGGACACCAUAGUUAGAAUCAUAAUGAGAAUUAAAACUUCAUUAAGUAUAAACUUGUGCCUCAAGCUAAUAAACAUUUCCUCUACUAAUUACUGAGAAAUAUAAGCUGUGUCAGUGUCUCAUGAAACAGGUUUGUGCCUUCAAGGGCACUAGAGUGGUUUUCUCUGAAGUUUCCUUUUCAGAUGCCAGAUUCCUAGUUUUGCUGUCAGGACUACAUGAGCCAUGCCUGUGGUAAAUGUGUGUGUGUGUGUGUGUGUGUGUGUGUGUGUGUGUGUGUGUGAAAGAGACAAAGAGAGAGAGAGAAUUUUAUUAUAUUUCUGGUUUGCUACAUAUUGAUCUUGAUUAACAAAUCUACCUUAGAGAGAGAGAGGAAGAUGGUGGCAAGGUAGGAGGGAGCAGAUUUCACUUCCCCCUACAAACAGGAGAAAAAUCUAGCUGAUCUACAGAGGAACAGAGCAAGCAGCCAACAGUACCCCAGCAUAUAUGAAAAUAGGAGACCAAAAAUUAUAGUGGACAUUGAAAAACCAGAUGGUAAGGAGAGUGCU